GUUGAACGCGAUGAUGAGGUGAAUUGCAGAGUCGGCAAGGCUAGUUCUCGCUGCACUGCUCCUCCAAACCACGACAAUUUCCAACGUAGUAACGUAUCAUUCAGUUACACUACGUGUUCUUAUCGUAUUGGUUUCUCUUUCACCUGUUCCUUACUUAACCCUCCUCCAUACCUUCUUCUCUUUCCCCCUGUCAUUUCCAUACCUUAUUCUUCACACUUCUUUUCCAUCACAUACUUCCCACCAUGGCUGAAAAGGUCACCGUAAUGAGACUCAAGGUUGAUCUCCAGUGCCACAAAUGCUACAAGAAGGUCAAGAGAAUUCUCUGCAAAUUCCCUCAAAUUCGAGACCAGUUUUAUGACGAGAAGCAUGACAUCGUCACCAUAACGGUGGUAUGCUGUAACCCGGAGAAGCUCAGGGACAAGAUUUGCUGCAAAGGCUGUGGGACUAUCAAAAGCAUUGAAAUCGUCGAACCGCCCAAGCCCAAACCACCCGAGAAGCCUAAGCCUGAAAAACCCACCGAACCGGUGAAGCCAGAGAAGCCCAAGCCUUGUCCGGCGCCGCCUCCUUGUGCGGCGCCGCCUUGUCCGGCGCCGCCUCCAAGGCCGCCGCCGCCUCAUUGUCCGGUGCCGCCGCAUUGUCCGGUGCCACCGCAUUGUCCGCCGCCGCCGCCGCAUUGUCCGCCACCGCCGCAUUGUCCACCGCCGCCAAGGCCGGUUCCGAUCGGAGUAUGUUGUGUACCAUGCUAUGAAGGUCAGGGAGGUGGACCAUGCUUUCAUUGGCACGGUGGGCCAUCACCGUGUUAUGUGGUUUGUUGUGGAAGACCUAUUUGCCACAGUUACGGUGGGUGCAGGCCCUGUUACGUGAGCCGUUGCGAUGAAUAUUUCUGUGAAGAUAACGCCUCUGCCUGCUCAAUUAUGUGAUCGUCCUCUCCAUGAUCACCUUCUGUUUAUUCAUCGAUUCUGUCAUCUGUGUUGUGCCUCUCAUGCAUUCAA